GUAUCGGAAAUGGCGGAUUUUAGUAAAGAUAUAAGUAAUGAUGAUGAGUUAUUUAUAGUUUUUGAGAGUAAUUCUUCAAGAACGAAGAACGAAAGUUCUUCGAAAAUGUUGCCUAAAAGACACAGAAGAAGAAAGAGGAGGAAAGAUUCAGAUGAACGCUUUAGAAAUAAUCAUAUAAAGUCAAACGUUAUUGUUACUAGUAAGCCUAAUAUUUCAAAAUUAGAGACUUGGUUUUCAACUUCAAGUAGGCCUAAUUGUAAUACUUCCAAAUUAGGGACGUUGUUUUCGGCAAGUAGGCCUAACGAUAUUGAUAAAUGUAUUGUUAACAAUGAUACCAUUGAUGGUAACAACGAUAAUUCAGGAAAUGGUACUUUUGAAGAAAGUAACGAAAAUAACUUCUCAUGUGAUGAACACUUACUUGUUGUCGAUUCAAUUGAAAGUUCAGAAUCCAAUGAUGACAAAUUCGAAAUAAAUGUAAACAAUUUACAAAACACCGUUGCUACUAGUACUAGUAACACCUGUAAAAGUAUAAAGAUAUCAUACCCACUUGACCACAAGAGUGAGAGUUGUACUGGUAGUGGUACUGUUACCAGUAGUUCUAAUUCAACAAAGCACAAGAUAAGUGAAAAGGAUCAACCUGAUUUUGUGUCGAGCAUGAUAGAUGAAGAAAUAAUUAAAGUAACCACUAUACCUGGUGAUGAUUUGUUAACAACAGAGAAACUAAGCCAAGUAAAAGUCUACAAGUCUGAUCCCAAUAAAACUAAAAAGGAAAAUUUAAAGUCAACUCCAGAAGUACUUCAGUUCAGAAAUGUCAAAGAAGAUAUGUUAAAGGGACCAUUGAUAAAUGUAACCUUCAAGAACAAAACUUUGGCAGAAAAGUAUAGAUUGAGAGUAGAACAGUUUUUGAGAGAGUUGCUUUCUGAUGAAGAUUUAUCCAUCAAUGAAGAUUUACAUGGCCAAGAAGAUGAGGAUAGUGGACAACUACAGUUCUUUCAAGAUUUCUAUGUUGACACUCUCCAGCAUACAGGAGACAAAACUUCCUAUGCAGAACAAAACAGACUUCCUGUCUAUGAUAAAAAUUAUAGGGAGAUCCUGCAAGACAAGAGAACAGAAGGAAAUCCCCAGAAGCUCAAACAAAAACUGUCUCGACCUAAGUUCACUUGUUUUAAUUGUAUGGGUGACCAUCUGUUGGAUAAAUGUCAUGAAAAACACGACAAGAGGAGAAUAGCAAAGAAUCGCAAGGAGUACAUGACUUCAUCAACUAUGUCCAAGGCUAGAUAUCAUCAAGAGGAGAGGGGAAGAAGUUUUACACCUGGUGUUAUUAGUGUUGAACUUCAACGAGCACUUGAGUUGCAACCUAAUCAACUCCCUCCGUACAUUUAUCGGAUGAGAAUCUUGGGCUACCCUCCUGGUUGGCUGAAAGAAGCAGAGAUAGAAAGUUCAGGAUUGAUGAUGUAUGGAUCGGAUGGUAAAGCUAUUCGUCAUGAUGAAAAUAUUGAAGAUGGUGUGGUUGAUUUAGACUCAAUGAAAGUGCAAUAUGAUCCAGUGAAGCUUGUUGAUUACCCAGGAUUUAACGUUCCAGUACCACGUGGUUUCAUUGAUGAAAGUAAAUAUCUCAGGAUGCCCUCUUUGCAAUUUCAUCAACUUCGACAUGCUGCAAAGCAUACGGUGAAGUCUACGGAACCGAAACCUUUUGUAAAAAGGAAAUUUUCUGAAUCUUCAAAAAUUAGAGCAAAAGAAUUGAAAAUAGACAGAAAGGAAGAAGAUAUGGAAGUUGACUAUAAUAAUGAUGGAAGAAUAAUUGAUUCGGAUUAUGAAGAAGCUAAUACCUGUAAGUUUAUUCCACCUCUUCCCCCCGAUGACCCCCGAAACACCCCACCUCUUCCAACCGAUAACCCUCCAAACACUCCUCCACUUCCCUCUACCUUGCCUCUAUCAGAAUGCUUGGGUACUGAUGAUCAGGGUACUGCAACAUCUAGCCAAGUAUCGUCACGAGCAACCUCACCGUGUUUAACCGACCUGGAAGAAACUAAAAAAAGUUUGAUGCAGAAACUGAAUCAGGUUUCUAGUAAAACAGAUUUAGAGGAUACAAGCAGUUUAAAUGACGAAAUUUCAUUUGAUGACAUCAAAUCACCAUUUGCGACAGAAAACAGACAUAGCUUACAAAGUGAUUCAGAGCCUGGUGAAAGCGAAGGCUUCAAACAAUUGCCGGUGAAAAAGAAACAUAGCCGCUCCCUCUCAGUGUCUAGUGGCACCCCUGUUCUCACAAAAUUUAGCUCCUUUACAUCCAUACCAGAUUCUUCCAAAUUUAAGGACGGAGUAUCAGAACAUUUACCUUUCGAAAACUUGUCCAACUCGACUGGAAUGUACGAGAAGAUGAGGCAUGUGAUUAUGAAGGUAAAACAAAAGCUCCAGCAGUUGUAAUAUGGUACUUCAUAUACAGUGUCUGUACAGAAUAGGUCCUGAAUAAGAUUUUGACCUCCAAUAAAAAAAAAAUUGAAGCUGCAGGAAACAGUAAGAAGUAACGUUGGUCACACGAAUAUGAUUACUGUUACUAUUAUGUAUGUAAUACUUCAGUGAAAUUGUAGGUGACAGAUAAGUACUGUGUGGGGGUGUCUUCAAGUGCCAUUUCCUUUUUUCUUCUCUCUAGUACAAAAAUUUUUUAAAGUAAAUUUGAAUUCUCAGUUUUGUGAAACAGAAAUGUGCCACCUUCUUGAAAAUCCACAUUUACAUUUAUAAUUGAGAAUUAAACCUGAUUGUAAAUACUGAUUAUAAUUUUGCACUGGUUUCGACAAAAUUUAUUUUUGUAAUCAAAACAGUUAUAGAGAAUCAGUAACAAGUUAAAAGAUUUAUUUUUCUGUAGAAGAAAUAGAUUUAUGAUUUCUGUGGUAGUUCAGAAUACGUGCGACUUUCUCAGACAAAUGGACGGUAACUUUCCAAAUGUGUAAUGGGUCACAAAAUCUUAAUUGAAUGGGUUCUUUAUCAUAUGAAUUAACUUCUUUUAAUCUUUAUGAAUUUUGUGUCAAAUUGAUCAUUACAGCUGGUUCUUAUUGUAUAGUUAUAAUAUGUUAGUAUAGAUUUUUACAGUAGAUCCUUACUUGUUUUUCUGUUUUAUCUUUUUUAAUCUGAAUUAUACCAAUUCUCAGAUAUGUUUUUGAGAAAAACUAUGACAUUAUGAAACUUUUAAUUAAAUUUGGUUUAAAUCUA